UAUCGAAACGGCAGCGUUUGGUUUCUUCGUCUUCGGUGGAUAUCCUGGAAAGGAGCAGGACAUCUGGUCCUUCCUCGCCGGAAGCUCCACUGGACAGCUUCCAAUGGCGCUGAAGUUCGCCCUCCCAUUCCCCAUCUUCGCCCCGCAGAAGCUCAAUUCCAACCCCCAGCUGCCCCACCUCGGCGCCACCCGCCACCGGCCACCGACGGAAAUCCGCUUCUCCCGGUGGAAUAACGCCAACGCCGAGCGCUUCAACGAGCGCCGCCGCGCCCAGCAGGAGAUCGAGAACGACAUCCGCCGCGGGCGCCGCUUCGACUCCGCCACCAGAAUCGCCCAAAUCGACGACCCUGCCGCCGCCCAACCCUCCUCUGAAGCCACCUUCAAGUCCGCCGGUACUCCGUCCUCUCCCUCGAGCCCCUCAAUCCCGGGCAGGAAGUCGAAAUACUCCAAACCCCACCCAGCCUUCAAGAAGAUUUCCAGAGUCCAGAAGACACAGAUAGACGGCGGCACGGACACCGACAACCAAGCUCCGGUCGACAGAACCGCCAGCGUGGCCCUGACCGAUGAUGGGGUCUCUUACAUCAUAGACGGGGCUCCGUUCGAGUUCAAGUACAGCUACACUGAGACCCCGAAGGUAAAGCCUCUGAGGCUCCGAGAGGCCCCCUACGCCCCGUUUGGGCCUACCACUAUGGGGAGGCCGUGGACAGGGCGGGCCCCACUGCCGCCGAGCAAGAAGAAGCUGAAGGAGUUUGACUCGUUCAAGCUGCCCCCGCCAGGGAAGAAGGGGGUUAAGCCCGUGCAGGCCCCAGGACCGUACUUGCCCGGCAGAGGUCCGAGGUAUGUGAGGUCGAGGGAGGAGAUAUUGGGGGAGCCCUUGAGCAAAGAGGAGGUGAAGGAAUUAAUUAGAGGGUGUAUGAAGUCGCAGAGGCAGAUGAACUUGGGCAGAGAUGGUUUAACGCACAACAUGCUUGAGAACAUACAUGCCCACUGGAAGCGGCGCCGAGUCUGCAAGAUCAAAUGUAAGGGUGUCUGCACAGUUGACAUGGACAAUGUGAAGCAACAACUGGAGGAACGAACAGGAGGCAAGAUCAUCUAUAGUAACGGAGGGGUGAUUUACCUCUUUCGAGGAAGAAACUACAACUACAGAACCCGUCCGCGAUUUCCACUCAUGCUGUGGAGACCUGUUACUCCAGUUUACCCCAGGCUGAUCAAGAGGGUUCCGGAAGGUCUGACUCUGGAAGAAGCCACCGAGAUGCGUAAGAAGGGGCGGAAACUAAUACCCAUAUGCAAACUGGCUAAAAAUGGAGUCUACUGUGACCUUGUGAAGAAUGUUCAGGAGGCCUUUGAAGAAUGCGAAUUGGUGAGAAUAAACUGCCAAGGGUUGAAUGGCAGUGAUUACAGGAAAAUCGGAGCCAAACUCAAGGAUUUGGUCCCUUGUGUGCUGAUCUCAUUCGAAAAUGAGCAUAUACUGAUGUGGAGAGGCCGGGAUUGGAAGUCUUCACUUCCAAUGUCAGAACACGACUCUGAAGACAAUGGAGUGUCGUCUUCUGCUCAGUUGACCUCUAUUGAGAAUGAAGAAGUCGAAACUUUGAAGGCAGACUCUGUUCCAGCCAUUUCUAGAGAUUUGGAUUUAGAAGGCAAUGAAGUGUUGUCUUCUGAUCAAUUGACCUCUGUUGAGAAUGAAAAAGUCGAAUCUUCUGAGGCAGACUCUGUUCCAGCCAUCUGUAGAGAUGUGGAUUUGGGAGACAGUGAACAAAAAUUCUCGUUCGAGUACAGUACUGCUGAAGAAGAAACUGCUUCAGAUAACAGUGUUUUCGACAGAAAUGAGUCAGGAGAUGUGAGGAACAUAAAUGCAGCUACUACUCUUUCCGACAUUUCCGACAUUUCUGAGGAUGGGUCCUAUGCCGAGAAAGGAGAUAAUGUACCUGAAAUAGCGAGUUCUGACUCAGAAGAAGGUAAAACUCUAGAAAGGCCUGAGAAACCAGUGGAUACAACAGAAGCUACGAGAGAAUUGGAAAGAGUUGUUUCCCCUUCAACCGAGGGAGUCAUGCUACUUGUAAGGAAAGCGAUCGAGAAUGGAAGUGCUCUUAUUUUGAAAGAAAGUCCGUUGGAUGCCGAUAUCGUGCAUAAAAGAGUGGUUUCUUUUGCAAAGACAGCUCCAGCAGGACCCGUGUUCAGGCACCGGCCAAAGAGGGUCGCUGUUAAGAAGGCGGACACGGAUGAGGGAGAGGUGAAUCCUAGUGUAAUUAAUGAAACUGAAACAGCUUCGGAGGAUAAGAGGAAGAACCAGCGGAAAGAUUCUAAAGCUAGGAAGAAGAACAAUUUCGGAGAAGAACAGUAUUCGAAUGUGGUGCCUCAUGGAAGCUUAAGAGUGGAUGAACUUGCUAAAUUACUAACUUAGGUUAGACACACUUGAAUGAGUAAAUUCCUGGAGUCAAUUUCCGGCUAUGCAUUCUCCACAGGUCUAUUGAAUUAAACAAAUCCAUGGAGUUGUAAUUAGGAAAGUAUGGUUAAUGUGGCUAUUAGUUUGAUGGGAUUUCCUUAUAAUCAGAAAACAUUUUUUAUUAAUAUGAAAUCGAUGCUUAUGAUGUCCC